AUGUGGGUUCCAUUCGGCAACUCGCUAGACAGUUCAGCCCUACUUAAACGUCGGCGUGCGAGAGCGGCCGCAGUCAUGGCCACACGCGGCUCACACUCGCUCUUGUGGCGCGCCCUCGCCGCCUUCCUGCUGGCGGCUGAGCUGAGGGCCGCUUCCUUCAGCCUCACGCCGCACGCCGACUACAGGAGGAAGUUCUCGUGGUCGCAGGCGAGGAGGUUCAUCAAGGAGACACAGGAGCAGCUCAGCGCCGACCUCCUGCACCAGAUGGAGGAGGCGACGCGGGCGGAGUAUAGGGAGGUGCCACACCCGAUCGCGCACACGUCGCAGCUUCUCCACGAAGGCAUCGACUGCUCGAGGAUCACCUCGGACCUCCACCCGAACAACCUCAAGGGCGACGUGCAGCUCCGACCCGCCUGGAUCCUUGACUCGCGCUUCAUCGGCGCCUGCCCGACGCGCUUCGUGAGUCGCGAGCUCCCGCCCAAGUACUUCCCACCGGUGGUCCUGGAGGCGCAGUGCGUGUGCGGCGGCUCACACUGCUCGCAGGAGGGCCACCAGUGCGAGCCCGUGUCGCGGCAGGUGCCAGUCUGGGUGCGCCGCGGCCCCGCCUUCCACGUGCUGGACGUCAUGGAGGUGACAGUGGCGUGCAUCUGCGCGCGGAGACGCAGCUACCGGGCCAACAACCUCAUCAUGGCGGCCAUCCAGAGCUAG